AUGUCACAGCCCGGCACGGAAGCCCAGGUCAGUGUCCAUCAAGUUCAGAGUCCAUCCGGGAGCGGAACAAAACGACAUCAAAUAAUUAUCGAUAUUAAACAAGACAUCGACAUUGAUGAAAUGUCAACACGCUCACUGGCUGAGAGUGUAAUGGAAACACUGGGGGCGCGGUCUGCUGCUGUUUACAUCGACAAUACGCAUGUCGCUGGCGAAAAUUCAGACAUGGAAUCUUUGACGACCGUAAAUGUAAUUGUUGCCAAUGAUUUAAGCCAAACAGCAUCAAGCCCUCAAGUGGAAGAAACAGAAGUAGGAGAUACAAGUCAAGAGGCUUCAGAAAGUUCAGGAAUCCUGCCAGGGAAUCGAAUUGCGGUCGAUAGGAUCGUGGAGAUGACUAACGCGGCUAACACAAACAGCGAAACGUCAACAUCGAGCACAGUGUCGAUAACAACAGCUGCCACCACUACAGCAUCAGGUAAUUUAAUCUUAGCUUUUAGGUUAAUGAUAUUUUUCCGAUUGUAUCAUCGCAUUUAUGUAGGUAAAGGAAAAAUUAUGAAUGAGAUGACAGGAAAGUAA